GUUGACGAGGAGCAGUUGACGGUUCCCUGUUGUAUUUUUUUUUGUUGUUGUUCUUCCACACAUUUCCGCGAUCGUCGUCCGUCGCAGAAGAUUCAUUUCCUCGGCGCCGAAGAACCGAGCUUUCCUACAACGAUAAGGAGACGAGAAAGUUUAAAGCAACCUAAUAAUAUGAAACGACGUUGAUCGGACCGACAAAAGAAAUAUACUAAAAAAUAGGUCGCGUAAAUUUGAAAAAAAAGAAGAUUUUUGCACCGCGGUUUACUCAAACAAUAAGAACGGAAGUUGAGGUCUGCUCGCAGUUUCUCGAUCCAUCGGGGGCUGAAGAAAAAUUACAAAGUGAUGUGAUUCGUCGUACGUAAUGUCAAAGAAUUGAAACUCUCGUACCGGAAAAAGGGGCCAUCGACUGCUUUGCGCAGAAUAAUUAAUUGUUGACCGAUUUUUGGUUUUCUUGGUUUUUUUUUUUUCUUCAGUUUUUGUUUCGUUUUUUUCCCGUUCAAAUUCGAGUGCGACAGGAAGCUAAGAAGUGCGACGACGAUGAUCGACGAUAGAAUCGUUCGUCCCGGGGUGAAUUUUUCGAAAAUAUGAUUACUUUGGUAUCCGAAGGCGUUCUCGGUUCGAUGUGAAAUUGACACGAGAGAGCGAUUAUGCCGAGUGCGGAUCUGAGUGAGCUAGCCAAGAAAAGGGGAUCAUCGUCAAAAUUAUCGUCGAGGGGCAGGAGCCCUUUGCAGAGAAAAACGGCGUUCAUCUCUGUCGCGGAACAAUGCCGAACUGUCUGCGAUUGCCGAUCUCACACUCAUGUAUGACCUCACUUCGAGCUGGUCUUCUGCUGCAUUUUUGUUAUUAUCAUUAGAGAACCUUGGGGAUGGGUGGGCGUCGGGGCGGUUCGGGUGGCGGUCGAGGUGCGGGUGUAUUGAAGGAGAGGGCGAACAUGUCUUUUAUGUUGGUGGUGAUGUUCUUCGCAGUUUUCGGUUUGAUAGUAUUAACGGAAAUAUUUCUGAUCGACGACAGACACGGAUCGAACGUAGGUGGAACCGGAGCGUUAGGCGGUCACAGAAACGGUCACAGAUUGAUCGCAGCGCCGGACAGACCGGAUUACGAGGAGGUCGGGGCGGAGGAUUACGGGAGCCUGAGGGGAAAUUUUGACGAUCACGUCGGUCUGAUGGUUAAAAAUAUCGAGGAUAGUAAAAUGCCAGCGGCAGCUUUGACCGAUCCCAGAGGUUUGCCGAGUUUACCACCAAGUCUCGAAGCAAAAUUACCGCAUUUGAAUCAGAGUUUGCGAAUGACUCACGCCGACUGGUUGCCAGUAACGAAUACAAGAUACAAAUUUUUCGUCUAUUCCGCCUACUACGAUAAUAGAAUCGGCGGAGGCGAUGGUCCAGGAUUAAUCAGGGUAAUCGGUGCCACCAAAACGAGGGGUCCGGAUAGGGUAUGGUGCAGAUUAUGGUACAACUUGCAAGGAUCCGGUAACGCUACAGCGUCGAUAACGGUCGCAGCUAAAGUAAAGGUGAUUCGAGAGAAUUGGACCCUGAAGUAUAGUGCAUGUUUUGUGAUAUGUCCCCUGCCAAAAACACCACCGGAAACAUUCGACGGUAGAGUUCCUAACAGAGUACCAAAUUCCGUCAGUGUAGUAGCAAGAUUGAAAGCACAACCUGCGAACAGAAUACUCAUACAAAAUCGACCCUCCGACAGACCUAAGGAACGCGAACCAUUGGCAGUCUGCGUCAAGCCUCUGCACUUUGAUUACAACAGGGUUGUACAACUCAUAGAGUUCAUAGAACUUCAUAGACUUUUGGGCGCUACUCAUGUAACACUUUACAACGAUACGUUAGGACUCGAAGCUGGUUGUGUGUUGAAGGAUUAUGAAUCUCGUUCAGCAGUGGACAGCGACUACCCUCUGGUAUCACUUCUACCCUGGCAUCAUUUGGACAUGAUAUCCCAAAGUGAAAUAAGAACAGAGGGUUUAUUCGCUGCGUUAAACGACUGCCUUUAUCGAUCGAUGUACAAAUAUGAGCUUGUCGCUCUACUUGAUCUUGACGAAUACAUUAUUCCAAGACACAAUGACACAAUACCGGAGCUCAUAAGAUGGCUGGGCAAGAGGAUUAGCACAAAAUCGACCGGUGCUUAUUCCUUUCAAAACGCAUUUUUUUAUUUGCAAUGGGCCGACGACCCGAGUGUUAAGUUUAGCCAGACGCCCGAAGAAGCUGCGUUGAUAACGUUGAGAAAAACGCGUCGGAGAAUGAAAUUGCAUCCUCAUAAACAGCGUUCCAAAUACGUUUGUAAACCGGAGAACGUUGUGGAGGCCGGUAAUCAUUUCGUUUGGGAAUUUAUACCGGGACACGGCGCGCUCAAUAUACCGGCCGACGCAGCGAUAUUGCAUCAUUACAGAGUAUGCGAAUUCGGGGGAGAUGAUUGCGUAAAGACGCAAUCGGUCGUUGACAGAACGGCUUACAGAUAUGGACCGGAUUUAGCGAGGAACGUGAGAUCGCGUUACAGAGAAUUGAUGGAAAAAUGCUCACUCCCCGAACUCGAUCCUCUACCGGCAGCGCCGAUUUCAGAAAAAACCUCAUCGAUACCGAUCAUACCCGUACCGUCUACCAGGUAGCAAAAACUAAUCGACGUCUAUAAUAAAAAUUUUAAGGUAUUCACAAGACCUCCAAAUAUUGCGGGGACAUAUUUUUAUAGUUACAACAAUUUCUGAUCUGCAAAUCAGGUAUAAUAUAUUAUUAUUUAUUUAUUAUUUAUUAUUUUUAUUUAUUCUUACCUAUUAUUAAAUAUAUAUAUAUAUAUAUAUACAUAAUGCGUAAAUUUUCCUUCUUACCGAUACAUCGAUAUUGAUUGGAAACUUCAAAAUAUCGAACUCGUUUGUCUGUUUGUCAGUUUUUGUACCGUGUAUAACGUGAAAAGAUCUGAAUUAUUUGCUCGACUACAAAGAUUUCAAACGAUGCUUUUUUUAUUAUUCAUCUUCCACGAUUGAAUCAAUUGAAUUAAAGAAAAGAAGAAAAAAAAUCUUAAUCAUUUUCGACGUGAUGACGACUGCUGAACUUUAUUUUCUUUAGUUAACGAAAUGAAAUUUUUCGAAAAUUCGAAUUAAAGUAUUAAUGAAAAAAUUGAAUAAAUGAAAGAAAGAACAGUAUUCGACGACGCAUACCCCGAAGUAUAAUUAUUACCCUGUAUGGACUGAUGAUAUUUUUCUACGAAGAAGGGCGCUUUUCUCGUAUUAUAUAAAACGAAAGGAAACAAACAAAAAAUAAAAAAAAGUAAUAAUAAAUAAAAAAAAAAAAAAACAAGGCCUCGCCUCAAAUUAGUUCGAAUCUGGUGCUUGUUUGCAAUUUUAUAAUACGAUUGUAAUUUUUCUAUUGCUUUUUCAUUUACCCCUAACGUAGCUAGGAUAUUAUAAUAUUAAUUGAACAUUAUAUCGUAACGAUAUGUCUGACACUGAUUUUUCGUACAAUCAAUUCUUUUUUCGGUCUUUUUUUCUCACUUCUCUUUUCGUUUUUCAAACGCUAUACGUGUAUAAUAUACGUACGAUGAACGUGUGUUAAUUACAAUUAAAAUUAGGCGUCUUCGGAGAUGAAGGAUUAAAAACGAGAGACGCCUAAUGAGGAAAUAAAUGAAUAGCCUAAGUAAAAUCCGGUCUAAAUAUACACCGAGUGUGCGUGAAAACAAAAUAUGUUACAGCUAUAACUAUUAGUAUAGAAAUUUACAUUUAAUAGGCUGAAAAAUAGGGACUCGAACGAUUUUUCUAUUCAUAUUUUCUUGUCGUUUAUUUUUUAAAUGGAGUGGAGGAAAAAAAAACCAACUCCCGCUGUAGAGACGAUUUGUACGCAUGAAAAAAUCAGACGAAAUAUAAAUGAAUGUAGCCGUAGGUUUAAAAUUGAAAGGAAAAAAAAAAUAAAAAUAAAUAAUAAUUAAUUACUUAAUUAAAAUCCAUUAAGAAAUAAGCAAAUACAGACGCAUAUCUAUACGAAACUUGUACGUACAUUUGAAAUAGUUUUUAGAGAAUUUAAUUGAUUAAUUGGGUAUAAUAGUAAAUUGUCGGAAUUUAUUUAUUAUAUUUUUUUUCGUGAUUCAUUUUCGUUUUUAAUUUUUAAAGAUUUACCGGAAACGAAACACACGAACCAUUAAAAGCAUCGAUAUGCAUGUAAGAGAGAAAAAAAAAUGCCGGUAACAGUUACGAUUGAACGGAGAAUCUUGCUUUGAUAUAGUUUUUUAAGACACCCUGUAUAUAAAUUUGUACAAUUUAUUUUUGUGUGAUUUAGCAUUAUCGAUUGAUACUGUACGAUAAUGCCUACAUUUUAAGAGAUAUUAUAGGUAAUUAUAUUGUACGACUAAUAAAAUAUUUUUAUUUAAUUAUAGAUAACGAUUGUUCAUUCAUUGUAUAUUAUUGCGUGAACUAUUUAUUAAUGAGAAAAGAAAAGGAGGAGAAAAUAUUUCAACGAGAUACGCGCAGACACGAAUAUCCGUGUAUAAUAAUAUUCAUUAUUAUAUAUCGUAUUCUAAUUGAACAGACGAUCACUGAUCUGUGUAUAGCGAAAUGAUGAGCAGAAAAAAAAAAAACGAAAAC